CUCCGAAACUGCCUUCCUGGAGAUCUAGCUCGAGAUGCCAGGUCCACUGUCAUUCGAGAACAUAAAAUCCCUUGACUUGUGUCCAGUUAUCUAUCUAGUCAAUCUUCACAACAAUCUAGACUUUGGUGGGAUGUUCGACUAAUUCUUUCUUAGAGACAAUCGGACGUUGCUACAUUGUAGUAACAAUGGCUGUUUCUCCUUUGAUCCCGAACCCUGCUUCGCAUGCAGCCAAAACCACUGAUGCGACAAGAGAGUCAGAGGUAAAUGGCUCUGAACGCUCACCAUACAAGCACAAUAUGAAAUAUUCCUCUCAUGUUACCAACGAGCGUGAGAUUACCGAGCAAUUGAACGAUGAUGUAAGACACAAGUAUAUUAAAGAUAAAAGGCUCGGUGAAGGUACCUAUGCUGUUGUUUUCCUCGGUCACCUUCGAACAGAUCCGUCCUCGUUCGUCGCCAUCAAAAAAAUAAAGAUCAAUGCAGAAUAUAAAGAUGGACUUUCCAUGGACGCCAUUCGAGAAGUAAAAUACCUGCAAGAGCUUUCACAUCCCAACAUAAUAGCGCUUCACGAUGUCUUCUCAUCAAAGGAUCAAAAUCUCAAUCUAGUUCUCGAAUAUCUACCGCGGGGCGAUCUCGAGAUGCUGAUUAAGGAUACAAAUAUUCACUAUGGCGUUGCUGAUAUUAAGGCUUGGAUGGGAAUGCUCGCCAGAGGGGUCUGGUUCUGUCACGAGAAUUUCAUAUUGCAUCGGGAUAUCAAGCCUAAUAACCUCCUCAUUGCGGCAGAUGGGGAAGUGAAACUCGCGGACUUUGGUUUAGCUAGGUCGUUUGCUGAUCCCUACUUGAAUAUGACCCAUCAGGUCAUUACACGCUGGUAUCGUCCCCCAGAGCUGCUCUUUGGUGCCCGGCAGUACUCGGGGGUUGUCGAUAUCUGGUCCAUGGGCAUGGUUUUCGCGGAACUCCUCCUGCGAGUUCCGUUCGUUGCAGGAAAUACCGAUCUCGAUCAAAUUACGAAGAUAUGUGAAGCUUUCGGGACCCCGAAUGAGGACAAUUGGCCCGGUGUAACCAAACUACCUAAUUAUCUGCCUGCUGAUCCCCACCAUGUCGUUCCUCUUCAGGGCCGAGAUUUUUUCCUCAGGCAAUUUCCGACAGCUGGUCCUGUCGGCGCAGAUUUGCUGAUGUCUAUGUGCACCCUGGAUCCUAAGAAACGAAGCACAGCUUGUAGGGUUUUGCAACAUGGCUGGUGGACUACUGAGCCUACACCAACCGACAAGAAAAACCUUCCUCGCAAGAUCGAUGGCGUGAAGAAAAUGGGCGCAGACCUGACCAGGCGAGGGGGGGAAAUCGAAGAUUCAACAUUCAAGAAUGCGGCUCGACAGCUAAGUUUCACUGCGGCCAGAGACUAG